AUGAGCAAUACAAGUGCUGACGUGUAUAAUGAAGAAAAUAAAACUGUUAAAAAUUGUGAAGACGUGUCUUCCAUGCAAUUAAGUGUUUCGAACGGCAGUCAGCGAUGCCAACUCAGCACGUUGAGAACGAAUUAUUGCGUCUUCCAACGAGUCGUGUUCAUCGUCAAGACUAGUCGAGCGAAGAAGAGGAUCACCGCCGCCAAAAGACCACGAAAAGAACGCCACGUACGAGCGUUCUCGCGUGUUUCGAGAAUAGAUUUAAGGUUUGACAGUUGUCUCGACAGUUGCCGAAGUUCUUCACAGGGCGAUUGGAUGGUAAAAUUGGAUAUCAGCCAGGCUUACUACCACGUCCCAACUCGGGAAACACCGAUGUUUCCUACGUGUCAGUUAAAGGGAAGACUACUUCAAAUGACGUGCCUACCAUUUGGAUUAGCAAGUCCAAUGUUUGCUUCGGUAACAAACUGGAAGAGAACUUUUACGCCGUCAAGGUUUAAGAGUCAUUGUCUUCUUGGACGAUUACCUGCUCGUCCACCAGGACAGGGAAGUCCUCCAGGCCCAGGUUCACAAAGCCAUGCAAUUUCUGCAGAAUCUAGGCUGGAACAUAAACUCAAAGAAAUCGAUAUGCACUCCUACGAGACUAAUCGAUUUUCUGGGUAUCACUUGGGACACAAACUCAAACAGAAAGUUCCUACCCACAGAAAAAAUCAACAAAAACGUAGGUCGACCGCUGUAGCCGGCAAUUGGACUCUCAAGCAGGCCCAAUGCCUCUUAGGACUGGAAGCUGUAUACGAGCCUUCAGCAGAUCCUGGAAAUACGACCUGGCGUGGAUAUUUCCUCCGCCGGGCUUCUACCUCAGUAGCACCACCUCAACUCAGGCAAGGCAGGUUCAUUGUAGUAGCACCCAAGUGGAGAAGCUUUUUGGCGCCCAGAUCUAAAAAUCGAGCUUUGGCUCAUCCAGUUUGUACGAGAUCUCGAAAAAACUCUAAUCAACCGUAA